CAAACUUCUGAACCGGCCUCUGCUGUAUAUACUUACGUCGCUAGGUUGCAGCUGAUCAAACUCGCGAUGAUGACGACUACUAGCAGCGGUGGCGCCGGUGGCGAUCUGUUAGUCUCCACGCCGGGGUUUCGGUUCUACCCGACGGAGGAUGAGCUGCUGGGCUUCUACCUCCGCCAUCGCCUCGCCGGCACCACCAGGCCGCACGUCGAUCGCGUCAUUCCCGUCGUCGACGUCUACAGCCACCACCCUUCCCACCUCCGCUCAAUGGCGGGGGAGGCGAGCGUGCAAGACGCGGAGCAGUGGUUCUUCUUCUGCCCCCGGGCUGAGAGGGAGCUGCGCGGCGGCCGGCCAGCGCGCACCACUCCGUCCGGGUACUGGAAGGCCACGGGCUCGCCGUCCUGCGUCUUCUCCUCCUCCUCCUCCUCCUCAGCCGCCGCCGGUAACAGCAAGGUCAUCGGGGUGAAAAGGACCAUGGUCUUCUACCAGGGCCGUGCGCCCACGGGGGCCAAGACCACGUGGAAGAUGAACGAGUAUAAGGCUGUCGCCGCCGACGACGACACGACGACCGGACACCAGACGACGGCACCUCUCAGGCUCAGGAACGAAUUCAGCGUGUGCCGGCUCUACAUCAGCACGGGGACACUAAGGUCCUUCGAUCGCCGGCCCCUCAAUACUUCCGGCAACGGUCAAGCGGCGGCCCGCCGGCAUGCACCGUCGGCAGCCAACACCGCAAGUAUCGGACAAGCCGACAACUAUCAAGGCUGGAGCACGCUGGUGACCACCAGUACAGCUGAUGUUGACAAUUUCUGCUUCGACAUGAAUUUCAAUCAACUGUAGUAUUCUUGGAGCACGACCUACCUUCUGGUGCAGUAGCUUAGAUUAGCAGUUCUACUUAACAAUGUAGAGACACUGUUUCUUGCAGUAAUCUAGAACAGUUUUGCUAUAUGUAAGUCACCUAAAAUUUAUUUUUAGGCCAGUCACUUUUUCUUCUACUAGUACUUGGUUUCUUUUUCCUUUUCUUA